UGACCCCGGCGGGCCAAUGGGCGAGCGGGGCGGUGGGGAUCCGGCUGGAACCGGUUGGGCCGCGUCCGGCUCUAUAUAAAACUUUAUAAACAGCCGAUUCGAAUCAGUGGGGUCGGGAGCAGCGCAGCCGGUCGGGAGGGCAGCGCAGCCGGUUGGGAGGGCAGCGCAGCCGGCCGGGAGGGCAGCCCCGCCGCGCCCCCGCACGGCCCCCGCCGCCGGUUUUACGCUCGGUUUCAUUUUUUCCCCUUGUUCUUCUUCCCCCCCCGUCCCCUCCCCCUUCUCCCUUUUCCCCCCUUCACUCCCUUCCCCGCUUCUCGCCGCCUCUGCCGCCGCCGCCCCGGACCGAGCGCUCCCAGUUUGUCCUCCCCCCUCUCCUCCCCCUUUUUUCCUCCGCCUUCUCCCUCCGCCCCCUCACGCCGCCCAGCCGAGCUCGCCGCUCCCUCGCACACACACACACGCACGCACAAGGCGCCCGCACGGAGCCAUGCCGAAGAGAAAGGCUGAAGGAGAUGCCAAGGGCGAUAAGGCCAAAGUUAAGGAUGAGCCACAGCGGAGGUCAGCAAGGUUAUCUGCUAAGCCUGCUCCUCCCAAGCCAGAGCCUAAACCUAAAAAGGCAGCUCCAAAGAAGAGUGAGAAGUUGCCCAAGGGGAAGAAGGGGAAGGCUGAUGCUGGCAAGGAGGGAAACAACCCUGCAGAAAACGGAGAUGCCAAAACAGACCAGGCACAGAAAGCUGAAGGUGCUGGUGAAGCCAAGUGAGACAAGUGUGUGAAUUUUUGAUAACUGUGUACUUCUGGUGACUGUACAGUUUGAAAUACUAUUUUUUAUCAAGUUUUAUAACAAUGCAGACUCUUUGGUUGACUUUUUUUUAAGCUAUGUUGUUAGCACACAGACUGCUUCGUUGUUGUGUUGGGGUGGAGGGGGGGUGUGUUGGGGGGUGUCAAAUGUCACUUAGUCUAUUUCUCAGAACCUGAAUUGGAGUAAGAAAAACUUUUUUUUUCCUGGUUUCCCCCAAUUUUUGGGAGGAGGAAGAGAUUCCCUGGUGCUGCACAUCAGCAUCUGAGCGAAGGUGAAAGUUCCCAGGAUGCCUGUUGCUGGCUCCGCAUCCACUGUUUGUCAGACCUGCCCUUUCCUUCCACGCCCUCCUUGGUUUUCCACAGACCCUAACACUCCAAAACACAGCCAAACUGGCACCUGGGGGCUCACUGCUCCCUCAGUGUCAGGCGAUCUGGACUCCUGGUGUCUAAUUAGGGAUAAAAGGGCUCUAAGGGAGCCUUCACUGCCUCUUUCCUAUCGUGCUGAAGAAAACCCAACCCACGGUACCCUUCCCUUCCUCUCAAAGUCAGGGUAGGUUCGUGCCGAGUUGUUAAACAACAUGCUCAAUGUGAAAGUGUCCACCCUCACUCUAAACUUUUCCCUCUGCAAAUAUGAAAUGAAGAUUCUUCAGUUUUAGAGCCUCUUGUACCUUUGGGUAGUCCGUGAAGGGAGGGGAGUUCGACGGUUGUUCGAUGUUGCCGAUUGUAGCCCAUGUCCUGCCUCAGUUGCCAUUGACUGUUCAUGACAAGUACCUUUUAAUAAAGCUGGAUACGGUUUGGCUUGGACUGUU